CGGCUCGCCGCGGCCGCUGCCGCCCACGUGCGCGGUGCUCUAGCGGAGCACACCUUCCGGCUUGUGGCAUUUGGGGGGCUUUGCCCUCUCUCUCUUUUUUUCUCUUUACUUUUUGUAUAAGGGGAAAAAGUUGAGUCGAAAGUGCCCACCAAUUGCCACCUCCCCAUUAUCCUUCAUUCCCGCUCCACUUUUUUUUUCCCCUAAAGCAGUGUCAACGUUUUUUUAGUGUCUAUUUUGUUUUACGAUCGAUAGUUUCCCUUGCUUGAUCCCGGCGGCGGAUUGGCAUGGACCUCAUGUAGAAAAUGACAGCCAUGGAAGGGGCUAGCGGGUCGAGUUUUGGAAUAGACACGAUUUUGUCCGGUGCCGGUUCCGGCAGCCCCGGCAUGAUGAACGGGGAUUUCCGAUCGCUCGGCGAAGCGAGGACCACGGAUUUUAGGAGCCAGGCCACUCCGUCACCCUGUUCGGAGAUUGAUACCGUGGGAACGGCGCCUUCUUCACCGAUCUCGGUCACCCUGGAUCCCCCGGAGCCGCAUCUUGUGACAGACGGACCCCAGCAUCACCAUCACCUCCACCACGGCCAACAACCGCCGCCGCCGUCCGUGGCCCCCGCGCAAAGUUUGCAGCCAUCGCCUCAACAGCAACCGCCGCCGCCGCCGCCUCAGUCUGCAGCCCAGCAGCUCGGCUCGGCCGCCGCGGCCCCCAGGACUUCCACCUCUUCCUUUUUAAUUAAGGACAUCUUGGGAGACUGCAAACCUCUGGCGGCUUGUGCACCCUACAGCACCAGCGUUUCUUCUCCUCAUCACACCCCGAAGCAGGAGAGCAACGCGGCGCACGAGAGCUUCAGGCCAAAGGUGGAGCAGGAGGACGGCAAAACCAAGCUGGAUAAGAGGGAAGACUCCCAGAGCGACAUCAAAUGCCACGGAACAAAGGAGGAAGGAGACCGGGAGAUUACAAGUAGCCGAGAGAGUCCCCCAGUGAGAGCCAAGAAACCUCGAAAGGCCCGGACAGCUUUCUCAGACCACCAGCUCAAUCAGCUGGAGCGUAGCUUUGAGAGGCAGAAGUACCUAAGUGUCCAGGACCGCAUGGACCUGGCAGCUGCACUCAACCUCACUGACACCCAAGUCAAGACCUGGUACCAGAACCGCAGAACCAAGUGGAAGCGGCAGACUGCAGUGGGCCUGGAGCUGCUAGCCGAGGCCGGGAACUACUCCGCGCUGCAGAGGAUGUUUCCGUCGCCUUAUUUCUAUCACCCAAGCCUGCUGGGGAGCAUGGACAGCACCACGGCGGCGGCAGCGGCCGCGGCCAUGUACAGCAGCAUGUACCGAACUCCUCCAGCACCUCAUCCGCAGCUGCAGCGGCCGCUGGUGCCCCGCGUGCUCAUCCACGGCCUGGGGCCUGGGGGACAGCCGGCCCUUAACCCUUUGUCCAACCCCAUCCCAGGCACCCCGCAUCCCCGGUGAGGAAGGAGGGACAGUGCUGCAGCCCUCCAGGUUCCCGCCCCACCCCGGACAGCUGCCCCGCCUCUCCCCCCAGCACCAAACCAACAGGAAAGGAGGCAGAGGAGUAAAGGGGGGAGCUCACCGGUGGUCCGGGGUCCCCAAGGACCAGCCAACCCUCUGCUCUCCAUCUGCCCCCUCAGAGGCAGGGCCGCAGAGCUCCCCAAGUGUGACUGAAGAAAAUACUGACCCCAUUGAAAGUGCAACCAGUAAGUGAAAACACCCCCACACACGACAAAAACAGAACCCUCGAGUUUUUGUUUUUGUUUUUUGUUUUUUUUUUUUUAACAAAAUGACUUUAGGGACAAGCAGCAGGGAGGGAGGGGAGGGCUAAGAGGGGAUGAGAGAAAGGAUGGAGAGGAGCCUUCGGGCAGAGAGAAUUGUUACUGAACGGAAGCCUGAAGUUCACCCCCAGGCAGAAGGUGGUACCCUGGACAUCCGGUCUGCCUCAAGGCAGAGGAGGGUGACGGAGAACUUUGCACUGAUUUCUCAUGAGCUUUUUUUUUUUUUUUUUUUUCUUUUGGCAAAGUGGCAUGCUACAUAAUAUGAAAAAAUGUACAUUUGAAAGACUGAGCGAUAAGUGAUAUAUCAUAUUUAUUAUAUGUUGUCCAAAAAAGAGUCACUUAUAUACGUCAGUAAUAACAUGAGUUUUCUUUUCAUGUCUUUUUGAUUCAGUAAAAUAAAUGCUUAGACAAAAGUAUAGAUUUUUUGUGAUUGAAAAUUACAAAAAUAAAGUUUAUCUUUUUUUAACAAGC